GAUUUCAAGAAACAGCAUUUGAUAGAUAUUUGGUCUUCACAAGUAACGGAACAUCUUUAUCGACAGUUACUUCUAAUAUUAAUGAGUUUGCUGGUGGACCCAAUGCUGGUACUAAAUUUGAUAAUAAAUCAGCUUUCGUCAGCGCAUUUAAAUCUUCUCCACAAUUUGAAUUUGCUGUAGAUAUAUUUAAUAAAGCAUCUACAGCAUCUUCGAUGGCAUUUAUGACACAUGAUGCCAAAAAUGUAAAUGAUGCAUGUUUGAUUGAAACUAGUCUUGUACCAUACCUUUCUGGAUCAAGUAUUUCACAUACGGAUUUUGCUACAUUUUCUAAUUCUACUGAUUUCUUAAUGAUAUGGAAAGCUCCACGUGGCGUAACUCUUGAUGAAUUAACUAAUGCUAAUAGCACCAAUCAAACAAGUGUUAUUGGACCAAAAGUUACAAAGAUUUUAGAAACUUUAGG